UUGUAGGAAGCUAACAGUACAAAGGCACAUACACGCAUUACACGAACAGAUCAUUGGCCUCACCCGAGAUCUCGAAACUAUCCAGAAACCUCAAAGUAUCAGUGCAUUCAGCGCAUCCGCCUUGUCGUUUCAACCCGAUUCAAGCCUUCAGAGAACUUGGCCUGCAGUAGCAUCGCCUCCUAAUCCAGGUUCCUCUAGAGACGUACUUUGCCCAUUCAGGACCGGAACGAUCGCCGAUACCACAUACUUCGGUGUUACCAGUGCUUUUGGUCGACUCUUAACAAUUCGGCCGGCGCUGCGACCAAACAUGCUACCUCCACCGUCAGUUGCACCAGAGAAACAAUCUCUUGCGGACAUUUUCCUAUCAUCUCUAGAUCUGCAAAAGGAAUCCGACGUACCCAAAGAGGUAGCAGAACAAUUGAUCGCAAUCUACUAUAACUCGAUCGAAACAUGGAUACCUGUACUAGGACAUGAUCUAAUACACGAGACAUUUGCUAGGAUAUACGAUGGAACCCAGCAUACAGAAGAUCAGGUCACAAUCAAAAUUAGAUACCGGCUUCUCCUGUCAAUAUCGCUCUCACUCAUGAAGGCACAAGAUCCAAGACUUGCAGUAGCUGCUGAUACAUGCUUCCGACAGGCCAUAGCUACAAGCGCUUCGACCGAUCUACUCGCUUAUCCAACUACUUCCACGCUUCAAUUACUUGUUCUGAUGUGCAUAUACAUAUGGAUAAACCCGGGCUCAAUGGACAUUUGGAGAAUGCUCGGACAUACUUCGCGCAUGUGUCUAGACCUCGCUGAAAUGCACGGGUCCGAUAAGAACGAGUCCGCCAAGUCAGAAGUACUUUACCGAACCCUCUACACCCUCGAAACCUACAUCUGUACCGCAUAUGGCCGACCUCGCCAGCUACCCGUCCCUUUUAGCCCUACUGAUCAGGUCACUCAACUGGCCGAUGAUCCAUCCCGGCUCUUAUACGACCUGGCGCGACUGCAGAACCGUUUCCACAGAGACCUUAUCGAAAAUGGAUCAGUCCUUACGGUGGCCGAAUCCAAGAUGCCGAGUUCUACAGAUUUUGCGUGGAUGGAUAGUUGUAUUCUUGACAUUUAUUCCUGGCUCGAGACAUGGAGAGCUUGUAUCGCGAACCAAGGUCUCACGGCAACUACGACCGAGGCAAUAGACGAACCUCCACUCUUAGUAUGGGGACAAUUCCAACAACUGAAGACGCUUUUGCUGGCUAAAGCCGCCUCUGACCGACGAGGCAAAGUCUUGAUCACUCGGCAAGAGGAAUACUCACUUUGUAGGCGCCUCGUCAAGGCUGCUGAAGCCCUGCACCAGCAGUCAAUAGGGCCUAUUCAAGGGACUUUAUCACCGGGGCACCAACCUACUUCCAUCUUCCCCUUAACGUGGACAUGGGCACAUUCUGUGUUCACUGCUGGUGUCAUCCUCAUCCAGCCUUCCAUAUCACAAGUCACUCCGGAACCUGCAGACCAAGCACUCAUCCAGAUAUGUCUCGGCCUGCUCAAUUCAUAUGAGAUGAGAUCUGAGAAGAGUGGUCAGGGCCUCACGCAUUGCCUUCAGAGUCUGCAGGAUUUCCAUCGAUCCGUUGUUUGCUAAGGAUCAAUGAGGAGUUCUAUGUUCUUAUGUAGGCUAUUACGACGAAAUGUA